GGGGGGUGGGGGGGGAGGAGGGCGGCAGGGGUGUGCGAGCGUGGGGGGAUUAGCGGAACGCCGCGGCCCCGCCUUCCUCCUCCGCAUCCCGGGGGAGAUGGACGCGAGCCGGCGGGACCGGCACCAUGACGUUCGCCGGCUUCGUGGUGGCUCUGGUGAUCGGGACGAUCCCCGGAGCCCGGGGGCUGGGGCAGGUCUCCCCCAGCCUCCCGGCCGCCCGCCCCCCGCAACCUCCCCCCGCGGCCCCGCCGCCCCACGCCGGGGGCUUCGCGGCGGCUCAGCGGGGACCCUGCGGCCGCCGGGAGCGGGGCCGCGCCGGCUGCGAGCGAGGGUCAGUGAGACUCCAGGGUGGCAAGAAUGAGUUUGAAGGUACAGUGGAGGUUUAUUUGAACGGAAUCUGGGGAACAAUCUGUGGGAGCCAUUGGGACAAUAAUGAUGCAACAGUCAUAUGUCGACAGCUUGCACUUGGUGAAAAAGGUACAGCAAAACACAUACCAUUUUCUGGACUGGGCCUUAUUCCGGUUUACUGGAGUGAAGUGCGUUGUCGUGGUGAUGAAGAAAAUAUACUGUUAUGUGAAAAAGACAUCUGGCAGGAUGGAGCAUGUCCUCAAAAAAUGGCAGCUGCUGUCACAUGUAGCUCUUCCCUGGAGCUUGUCUUUACUCCGAUCCGGCUGGCUGGUGGGAACAAUGCUCACGAAGGAAGAGUAGAAGUCUACUAUGCCGGCCAGUGGGGGACUGUCUGUGAUGACCAGUGGGAUGAUGCAGAUGCUGAAGUUGUCUGUCGGCAGCUUGGCCUUGGCGGUCUUGCCAAGGCAUGGAGCCAGGCUUACUUUGGAGAAGGCUCAGGCCCUGUGAUGCUGGAUGAGGUGCGGUGCACGGGAAAUGAACUAUCGAUAGAACAGUGCCCAAAAAGCUCCUGGCGAGAACACAACUGUGGCCACAAAGAAGAUGCUGGUGUUUCCUGCACGCCACUCACAGAUGGUGCAUUAAGACUAACAAGUGGGAAAGGCAGUCAUGAGGGACGCCUGGAGGUCUAUUACACUGGGCAGUGGGGCACAAUCUGCGAUGAUGGGUGGACAGAGCUGAAUACACAGGUCGUUUGCCGGCAGCUGGGAUUUAAGUAUGGAAAAAGUGCACCUGAGAGCUACUCAGAAGGAAGCUCUGGGCCCAUCUGGCUGGAUGAUGUCAGCUGCUCAGGGAAGGAGACAAACCUUCUGCAGUGCUUAAGGAAAGAGUGGGGAAAGCAUGACUGCAACCAUCAGGAGGAUGUCAGACUCAUUUGCCAUCCAGAUAACGACAGCCAUAAACUCUCACUUGGUCCUCCCAUCAGGCUGAUGGAUGGUGAGAAUAAGAAGGAAGGACGUGUAGAGAUUUUUAUCAAUGGCCAGUGGGGCACAAUUUGUGAUGAUGGAUGGUCUGAUAAGGAUGCAGCUGUAGUCUGUCGACAGCUUGGCUACAAAGGUCUGUCUAGAGCAAGGACAAUGGCAUAUUUUGGGGAGGGCAAAGGCCCAAUCCACGUGGACAACGUGAAGUGUACAGGAAAUGAGAGAUCCUUGGCAGACUGCAUCAAGCAGGACAUUGGGACGCACAACUGCCGUCACAGCGAGGACGCGGGGGUGAUCUGUGACCACCUAAGCAAGAAGGCCCCCGGGAACAGCAAUAAAGAUUCUCUCUCUUCUGUUUGUGGACUGAGGUUACUACAUCGUCGACAAAAGCGAAUAAUUGGUGGGAAAAAUUCUUUACGGGGUGGCUGGCCGUGGCAGGUUGCACUCCGACUGAAAUCUUCUCAUGGUGAUGGAAGACUCUUGUGUGGUGCUACCCUCAUCAGCAGCUGCUGGGUCCUCACUGCUGCACACUGCUUUAAAAGGUAUGGCAACAACACUCGGAACUAUGCUGUGCGAGUGGGAGACUAUCACACACUGGUACCAGAAGAGUACGAGGAAGAAAUCGGAGUCCAACAGAUAGUGAUGCAUAAAGAGUACAGGCCUGACAGCAGCAACUACGACAUUGCACUGGUGAGGCUACAGGGGCCAGAGGAGCAGUGUGCCAGAUUCAGUACCCACGUCCUACCUGCUUGCUUGCCAUUAAGGAGAGAGAGACCACAGAAAAGUGCUCCCAACUGUUAUAUCACUGGAUGGGGUGACACAGGAAGAGCUUAUUCAAGAACAUUGCAACAGGCUGCCAUCCCCUUACUUCCCAAGAGGGUAUGCGAAGAGCGAUACAAAAGAAGAUUCACAGGCAGAAUGCUCUGUGCUGGAAACAUCCAGGAACAGAAACGCGUUGAUAGCUGUCAAGGAGACAGUGGUGGACCACUGAUGUGUGAACGUCCAGGGGAAAGCUGGGUCGUGUAUGGUGUGACCUCCUGGGGCUAUGGCUGUGGAGUGAAAGAUUCUCCAGGUGUCUACACAAAAGUAUCAUCUUUUGUACCCUGGAUAAAAAGUGUGACCAAACUAUGAAUGUCCGUAAUGAAAACCAGACUUUGUUAAUGAAGUUUGAGGCAGGACAGCUUGAACAGCUCACAGUGCACAGCUGGGGCCCACAGUGGGUGGAAACAGACACAUUUUCCCAAUUCAUGUGUUUUUGUUAAAUCCAAGCUGUAUACACACAACCUUUCCAGUUAGGGAUUACUAUUCAAACAAAAUCCCUCAGUGUUAAGGAAGUUUACAUAUCGCACGGACAAGUUGCCAUGUCCCUAAAAUAGGGGGAAAGUGAUAGCCAGCUUAGAGUAACAUUGGAGCAGGACAGCUGGAGAGUUCAGUGUGAGAUUCACUGCCCACAGCAAGACUGUGGUAGCUCCAAGCUAUUUAUGCUCCAAGCUUCUCUAGAAUUAAUUACAGAUCUCAAAAUUAAUCUACAGUCUAGUUUAUUUAAUGAGUUCUUGACUGUCUUCCUAGUCUUCCUAUGAUCUUGCACUCAGCCCUCUAAUUUUGACUCACGUUUCAUGAGCUAAUAAAACCAUUAGAAAGUUGAUUUUUGGCAAUUAGGACUAUGUAUUAGAAGGAAAAUAAUUGUCAAUAAUCAGAUUCCCAGCUACUCUGAUAAAUGUUCUCACAUCUUAGUGUGCAUAAAUUAUAUUCCCAGUUGAAAUAGGUAGUACACUGGAAGUUAAGUUUCCCUGCAAACUUCCUGGACAUUUGCAAGAGGUAGGUCAAAACCAAAUGACCUCUUACUUUCUUUCCUCUAGAUAAAUAUCUGUCUUCUUUCUGAAUUCCAUAGUUCUUAGUACAUACAGCAUUUUAAAGAGAAUUUACUUUUCCUAUUUACCACUAGCUGUCAGUACAGUAUCAGACUGACAGACAAACAUACCAGUCCUCAUUGCUGGUUUUGAAGGAGCUUUACUCAAGUAACACUAAGAACCUCUGUCAAUCCUAAAAGUACGUACAAUGUAAAUACUGGAGAUGUUGAGCCAAAACCUGUCUGAAAAGGUCUAUAAAGUCUUAAACUACCAUUUUCUACAAGAUAAUAUGUAGACAACUGUCUCCUGAUUAGUUGCAACACUGGUUCAGACUGAUCUUACAGGAAAGUCGAGUUAGAUAGUUUUCAGUGACUUCUGAAGUAUUGGCACAUCUUGAUUCCAUCUAAUUCCUUUUACAAAUACUGUUCCCCAAACUAAGCAAACCUUAAUGGUUUAUUAGAAAAAUGCACUGAUAAAACGUCACUCUGAACGUACAAGACAUAAGCCAACUUACUACCCUUUUAGAAAGAGCCACCCCAUUGAACUUACCACGGAGAAAGUUACCAUCAUCUUUGAGCAACACUAACGGGUAUCAGCCUUGAAAAUACCUGUGACACCCACAGUCAAGAGGGAGACAGGAAAGUCCGGCACUGCCUCUAGAGCCCCUAUUAGAGGCCAUUCUGACGAUCUGCAAGCGUGCUCUGUGUAUUACAUUAACAAACAUGCUUCAUAAAUUGAUGAAAGCUCUGUGGGCCAUGAAAGGCUCCAGUGUGACAAGCGUGGCAGAUUCCUGUUACCACAUAGCGAUUGUGCCAACUGUGACUCCCAGUGACUGUUUUCAUCUGUUUCCUAUCCCCAAGCACUCUGGCUGCGACAGUGUUGUGGGGCCUUUUGUGAACAAAGUGGGAUGCUUGUACUUCUGUUGUAAGUGGGCAAUCAUUCAUUUCUGUAUGGUUCUGGGUCUUGCUGGUGUUGUAACAAAUAUCCAAGACAACUCAGUUUGCAGGCAGAAGUGGUGAUGAUACUGCAGAAGCCCAUGUGAUUUCAGACUUGGCCCUUAAUUACUCCCCAGCCUCAAACCUAGCUUUCAAGGGUCGUGACUAGUUUAAAUAUCUUGUUGGAACUGGUGCUAAACUAGUACACAAGGUGCUUUAAUAUAUUUUAGUUCUCUGUAACUCCACACUAUUUGAAAUAGUGUUAAAUUUUAUUUAAAAAUAUGUCAAAAAUCAUAGUACUGUGACCACCUACUGUUAGGCCUAUGUGAAACACUGCUAGUGAACUUUAAAACCAUUUACAUUUUUACUUAUAUGUAGCCCUUUUAAUUGAAGGGGAAGUAAAUCUGUCAAAAUACAUCUACUUUUACCAUCAAAAUUUUGCUAUAUGAGACUAUUUUGAGACAUGUGGUGAAAUAGGCUGUGUAGUACAAUACAUGCAUUUUAUACAGGGGAAGUAAUAAUCUUUUAGAAAUUGCACCACAGAUACAGUAGUGGGGGGGAAAUCAAGUCCACGUACUAAGUGUAGUAAACAUUAAUAUUUAGUACAGUAGUUAAUUAGUUUUGCUCUUUCAGUAGGAUGCUUCAUUAGAUUUUAAAUUGUUGCACUACCAUUUUCAUGCAGAGAGAAUGCCUUUUCAGUUUCUAGCAUAAAAUGAAGUUGUCUUUAUGCUAUGUCAUUCUAAUCUUUGUUCAAUGAGCCUGGUGAUAUAAAUGUGUACAAUAAAAACUGCCACACUGACUACAA